ACUUUUUUGCAUGUGUAUGAACAUUGCAGGAAAUGCUUCAGAGAGCAUCAGAAGAAUUCUUUCCGAAGACGGAAAGUGCAGUUGAAGAGAUGGAUACCUCAGACACCCAGUGGGGCUGGUUUUAUUUGGCUGAGUGUGGUAAAUGGCAUAUGUUUCAGACUGAUUCAAACAGUCAUUGCUCAGUUAGCAGUGAAGAUAUUGAAAGGAGCUUCAGAACAAACCCUCAUGGAUCUGUUUCUUUUACUACUGCAAAAUUUAACUACACGUUAGACUUUUCAGUGAUGAAACAAACCAAUCUAACUACUCUUAAGCAACGUCCAAUAAAGCGAGCCCCCUUUUCUAUCAGUGCUUUCAGUUUCAUCUGUGAAAAUGAGGCUAUCCCUAUGCCUUCACACUGGGAGAAUGUAAAUACUGAGGAGCCAUACCAGCUUAUUCCUUUGCAAAAGAAAACAAAUGAAUAUAAUGAAGUUUCUAAUCUCUUUGGAAAAACAAUGGAUAGCCACCGAAUUAAAAGAAUUAAGAGAAUACAAAAUCUAGACUUGUGGGAGUUUUUUUGCAGGAAAAAAGCUCAACUAAAGAAGAAAAGAGGUGUCCCCACUAUUAAUGAGCAGAUGUUAUUUCAUGGCACCAGUAAUGAAUUUGUUGAAGCAAUAUGUAUUCAUAACUUUGACUGGAGGAUAAAUGGCAUGCAUGCUGCUGUAUAUGGAAAAGGGACCUAUUUUGCAAGAGAUGCGUCAUAUUCCAGUCGUUUCUGCAAAGAAGAUAUAAAGCAUGGAGAUACUUUUCAAAUUCAUGGUGUGAAUCUGCAACCUCAUCUGCACAGACCAGAUAAAGUCAUGUUUCUUGCUCGUGUAUUAACUGGUGACUAUAUCAAUGGUGAUUCAAAAUACAUGAGGCCUCCUUCGAAAGAUGGAAGUUUUGUGAACUUGUAUGACAGCUGUGUGGAUAAUACCUGGAACCCAAAGAUCUUUGUUAUCUUUGAUGCCAACCAAAUCUAUCCUGAGUAUUUAAUAGAGUUCUGCUAAGUCUGAAAGGAGCUGGACGGAAUAUUUGCUUGUGUCUUUUUUGAUAUUUUGUUCCUUUUGCAAAGACAACAAUAUAAAAACUUGAAGAAUGAAAGGACAGAGGUGAAGGGGGGGGGAAGCAUAUGCUGGAGGUGGAGCUGUUAAAUACUUAAAAGACAUUGUCCAACACCUUUUAAAAAUCUGUAAAUAAACUUUACUGAUACAUUUUUCAAAUGUAGGGAUUACAACAAAUUUGAAAUGCUUAGUGAGCCUUAAAUAAAUUGGGCAUUGGUAAGUUUUCAAAGACAAGAUUUAUGUUCUGAUUUUUUUUUUAAAUAUAUUACAAGUAUUUAUUUAUGUGGUAAAAAUAUGCCGAUGAUGCAGUAUGCAUAUGAAUGAAACUAAUCUUUUAUAAAGAUUGUCUUUAUAACUCAAAAAACAAACAGGGGACUUGGCUAUAUAUGUGUGUCUGUGUAUAUGUGUGUGUGUAUUGUGUAGUACAUGUUGCUUUGUAUUUGAAGAUCUCUUAGUUUGGACUCUAAGCCUACAAAGAACCCAUCUGGAGAAAAUGGAUGAAAGGACCUAAAGUUCACCAAAGCCGCUAUGUUUAAUUUUAGGUACUUGGUACUGCUUCAGAUAAACUUGCAGGGUAACAGAACGCUUAAAGUGGAACUUUGAUUUUGACAGAAAUGAUGCCCUAAAGUUGUGGUUAUUAAUUGUUUAGGUAUAUAACUGUUGAGCUCAGUACUGGGAUAUCAGUUGUUGAACAAUACACUUCUCUUGGCUUUUAUUCUACAGAAUUUUUUUGAUAUUUUUGGUAUUGUGUGUGUGAGCAUGCAUGUAUGUGCAUGCAGUUGUCUUCUGUACUUGUGCUGCUGUGUUUUUUGUCUCUUCAGGUUUUAAGAAGAACUCAGUGCUGUUGUACUUGCUGUUGCUGAAGACAAUGUUUAGAUUAACUUUACUGGGAAUAACACAGAGUUAAGCAAUGAAAAUUUCAAAAUACAGCAUCCUUUCAUUUUUAAAAACUUUAAUAAAAAGUUUUCAAUAACACUUGUGUAGAAUAGUUGUCUGUGAAUCAGGUUUUCAUAAUUUGUAUAUAUGUAAAGUUAAAGAACAUUUUUGACAUGUAGAAAGAGUAAAGAGACAAGAUUUGGGUAAAGAACAAAACUUGACUACCCGAUUACCUGAAGAAGGAGCAGGGGGAUAUUACUGUGAAAUACACUGAAAUGUUAAAUGAUUUGCUAGGAAAUUGUGUCCCUACUAUUCUUCUUUGUUAAAGGACUUAAGGAACACUAAGGGAUAGUAAUACAGGGUCUAACAGUGGAUUCUUCAAGCCUAGAAGCUUGCCUUUGACUAUGGCCAGUAACAAAUGCUUACUGAAACAGUAUAUAGUAUAUAGCCAUGGCAGCUAUAGAGCGGUCUGUAGUGAUCUGCCAUGGAAUUAUCAAUGGGCUUAUUGAGUCAAAGGCUAUAUUUAAAGAUUAUUGUGUAUAAAGUCUACUGAAAAUUAUAUUAAAGCCAUGGAACUGGAAGCAGAACAUACGUUUGUAUCUGGCGUCGUAACUGAGCAUACAGCCAUCUCUUCUUUCUCCCUAGCCCCAAUAGCUCUGCCUGUUAGUGGAUCUUAUACAAAUUGGGUGUCUGUUGUCUGUUUGUACUUAAAAUUUCAUGGAAGCUGCUCCUUUUGCUUCUUCUGUUUCUAAACUGUUAAGGACAAGGAUGCAUCUUCCUUUAGAUCCUGUUGUAGGCAUGAUUAGUAUUUGGAUUCACUAACAGAAUCUGCCAGAAUCUGCCAGAAUCUGCCAGAAUCUGCCAGAAUCUGCCAGAUAGGCAGAAGGCACAUUGCUUCCUACAUCUCAUAAAAUAUUUAACAGCAAAUCAUGUAGAGAGUUUGUGUAUUACCAAAUCCUCUUUAUUUUUAUACAAUGUUAUAUAGAACAUGCACUCUAUGAAACUAACAAAUACAUGCGCUGGUGUUCCUUUGAUGUGUUCUUUUACUUAUUCUGAAGUCUGAACUGGGCUUUCUAGCUAAGAAAACUGAAGUUUCAUAUGGUGUCCCAUGGACACAAAAUAUCUUAAGUGGUACAGAGCUUGAUGAUUUUUUUUUUUUCCCAGUAGCUUGUGUGCUGCUGUCUUGUUUACUACCUAAACUCAAUGAAAUUAAAUAGUAGAAUCUUAAUUUGUCAAGUCAUGGCACAAUUACAAUUCCAUCUCUCUCUC